GCUUAGCCUUCCCUUUUACACAUGGGACCUGAAAUAUGACAAAAUAGCACAACCCGGCGUAAAAUAGGCCAAAAUACACGACUAUGCCUCUCAAACGGAUAAGAAUUAGGGGCGCAAAUAAGUGCAAUUACAUCGUUAUCAUUGACGGCGGGGGAGGAGAGACCUGCUAGCUCGCAUCCCAUGUGGAAAUCGCUUUGGCGAGUUCCAGCCACGCAGCGGAUUCGUGCCUUCUUUUGGCUAGUAGCUCACCAGCGUUUACUUGCCAAUUGCGAGAGGCGGAGGAGGCAUCUGACGACCGUGGCAAGAUGUCAAAUUUGUGGCGGAGACGAAGAGACUACGUUGCAUGUCAUUCGUGACUGCCCUUAUGCACGAGCCGCUUGGGCAGAUUUCCUUCAAGAGGAGCCGGACGAAUCGUUCUUUCAGGAUGACUUAAGGAGGUGGAUACUUCACUAUCUGGCUGGUCGGAGUAGGAGUGUACCGCCGACCCGUUUUGCUGUGAUGUGUUGGAUGCUUUGGAAGAACAGGAACAAGUUUGUUUUUGAGAAGGAGCUGGACUCGACAAGCUCCUUACCUUGUAGAGUAGUGACCCUGGAGAAGCAUAUUGAAGAGGCGGCCACAAAGGCAGCGAUAGUGUUCAACGGGGAGGCUAUCCCGUCCCAACGGAUGAUUGCUUGGAAACCUCCUCCGGCGGGCUGGUCAUGUCUGAACACGGAUGGGUCGGUGGUGGGUGGAAAUGCAGCAGCGGGCGGGGUUAUUCGGCGGGAAGAUGGUCGUAUGCUGCGUGCGUUCUCCGGCAACUUGGGGGAAGGAUCAAUCACUAGAGCGGAGCUGGCGAGAAUUGCUUUUGGACUUAAAGCAGCGUGGGAGAUGGGAAUCCGACAGGUUCAGGUCCAGACUGACUCCCAUGCAGCGCUACGACUUGUUGAGGGAGCUGGGGAACGACAUCCCCACUUGGCUUUGGUCUCCGAAGUGCGAAGACUCUUAGCUCUUGAUUGGCAGGUAGAAGUGAUUCAUGUGUUCCGGGAGGGUAACGUUGUAGCCGACUACUUAGCAUCCCUUGGACAUGGACGUCCGCCGGGGUUCCACCUUGUCGAGUCUCAUUGUCCGAUCCUCAACCAUUGGCUUUUGUUUGAUUGUAUGGGAGUUUCCACUCCUCGUUUAGUUCAUAAUGAUUAACGGUUGGGGUGCCCGUUAGCACCCUGUUUCCUACCAAAAAAAAAAUUCUAAUUUUCAAAAUAAUUUUUGUUUUGGCGAAAUUCCAAAUCUCAAAAAGGAAACAAAAUCCUAGCUUCUGUAAUCACUUAAUUAGGCUCUAGCCUCAGGGAGUUGUGGAGUUGUCGUCAGCUUCACAAACAUUGUUGUAAUGUCGGCUUUCUUCAAGUCGGUUCAACCGAGUACAACCGUUACCAGUCACCAAACUGACUGGAAAGGGGCCGAUAUUUAGCUUUGGUCAAAUCCGAGAAUUUCAGAUGGUUAUACCAGAAACCAAAAGUCAUUCUUAUACACAUAAUAUCCAACAUAAACACUCUUGAUAGGAUUUGAACCAAGUAUCUCAUGUUCGUUAAUUUCAAUUAUACAUCAACAGACUAUUAUAAUUCAUAAACCAGUUGGUCUCAAUAACUCGAGUUGUUGGAAGAAGGUUAUGUUGGAUCUUAUACCAUACUCUUACAUGCCCCCUCAAACGAAAGCCAACUCACGGGUUUGAAGUUUGCGCAGGCCCACCAUACCUUGUGAUUUUAUCUAUUGUUAGUAUUGGGGGUCGUGGAGAUUCGAACAUACGAUCACUUGAUCAAACCAGCUGUGAUACCAUGUUAUUAACGAGUUGAUCCCAAUAACUCGAGUUGUUGGAAGAAGGUUAUGCUGGAUCUUAUACCACGCUCUUACACAGGCUACAACCAACUUUCUUGUAUAUAUUAACCUUAUAUAUAUUAUAUAUCUGAUACUAUAUUUUACACAAAUCAUUAUAAACAUUCAUAAAAUUGGUUUUAUAUACUUUUAUUUUUACGCAUCUAAUUGUACUAUUAGUUAACAAUUCUUAGCUAUAAAUUAUUUUGUGUGAAAUAAUUCUUCUGAUUGCUUUUUCAUGACUAAUUUGUUUGGAAUUGAGUACUUCCAUUUUUCGCAUGUAUUUUAUUAAAACCAGCAUAACCAACAUAAAUACUGCUUAUACCACGAUCGACCCAUUCCACAUAAAAAGCUGACGCACGGUAUAAAUCGAUUUGACAACUUUGUUCACAAAUAAAGAGCUCAUCAGAAAAUAAAGGAGACUGGAAUUCUUAUAUAUAAAAGAAAUUAAUGAAUUGUCAUAAAGCGGAAACCCACCCUAAACUUCUGUAGCCUUCCGGCCUUCCCAUUUUAUACGCAGAAAAGGACACAGAACAGUAGCAGUAUCAAAAGAAAUCGAGCUAGGAAAUCAAAAGGUAUACCAAUUGGUUUGAGCUCUCGAUUUCUUGUCUGUGGUUUUCGUAUACCACCGUUCUCCAUCAUAUGGAUUUCCAACUAUACGAGGGGUAUUCCGACAACUCCCAACUUUCCAAAGAGAGUUAGACAGCGAAAAGGGAGGCACGAGAUUUCCUCUCUUUCCAAGUACUCAAAUUGGGUCGUAGUCUCCUUUUUCACAUAAGAAUUUUGGUUUUGUUCUAUUUAUGUUUCUGAUGCUCCCUUUCUAUUUCUUUUCCUGCAAAAUUUUAGGGUUUGAUGGUCCAUGACGAGGAGCCGACCACGAUAACCAAGGGUGUCGUGACUGAGGAGGACCGGUAGGUUGAGACCUCCAAGAGUUCCGAGUUGCUGGUUCAGGUGGCGGAGGUAGAGGGGAAAGCUGGAAGCCUGGAUAAUACAAGAAGGGUAUUAAGAGACAUGAAAGAGAGAAUGCAGCAGGCGAAGGCAAAGAAGGGGAAGUUGGGGAGGGCAGUGAUGGAAUUGAGGAGGGGGAUUGAAAGGCAUGAAAGCGAAGUUGGAGGAGGUGAAGAGAGAUAAGGGGGAGACGACAAGGAGAUGAAUGGAAACAUAGCGGGUAUUGAAGGUAUGGAAGUGGAACUGGAGCAGGUGAAGAUAGAUAAGGGAGAGAUGUUGAGCAGAAUGCUGGAAUUGGAGUUGAGUGCUGGUUGAACUGAGAUUAUUACGACUGCCCUGAGGAAGAUGAGUUGGUCAUACAUAAAAAGAAAAUUGAGGA